UGCAUACCUAACGGGUAAAAAGCGUCUUCUCGAUAGAGCUCCACCGCCACUAUUUUCUUUCUGUCACAUAAAGCUCGGUUCUGAUAGCCUUUGUACCUUGGGCUCUUGCGAUUUACGCCUCCUCGUCCUUCACCUUCAUCGUUUCUCAAUCCUCAAAUUCUGAUUCAGCACACAAUGGCCGACACGACCCAGGCUCCUUUGAACGGCUACCCUGCGCAACAUGCGUACCCCGAUCCCUACAACCACACCCAUGCCAAUGUGAACAGCGCUGCCAACUUCCAGCCUGCGCAGUCUACCACUCCCUCGAACGCGCCGUCGACCGAACAGAAGAAUGGCAUUGCUAAGGAUGAGGUUGGUUGGUACUUUGUCGAGCAGUACUAUACCAACAUGAGCCGUAGUCCGGAGAAGCUCCAAUUCUUCUAUUCUAAACGCUCCCAAUUCGUCUUUGGAACGGAGGCGGAGAGCGUCCCAGUUGCAGUGGGUCAGAAGGCUAUCAAUGAGAAGAUCAAGCAGUUGGACUUCCAAGACUGCAAAGUCCGUGUCCUGAACGUUGAUUCGCAGGCGUCGUUCGACAACAUCCUCGUCUCCGUCAUUGGCGAAAUCUCCAACAAAUUGGAGCCUUCUCGCAAGUUCGUGCAGAGUUUUGUCCUGGCCGAGCAGCCCAAUGGUUACUAUGUCCUGAACGAUAUUUUCCGUUACCUGGUUGAUGUUGAAGAGGAGCUGGAGACCGAAGAGGCUGCCCCCGCUGCCGCUCCCACCGCUCCAGCUGAUGAGCCUACUGCUGAAGAGCCCGCCCAACCUGAGGCUGAGCCUGAGGCUGUCCCUGCCCCGGCUGCGGAAGAGCCCCAGGUUGAGGAGUCUCAGGUCGACAAUGAGACAGCUGCUGCUCAGGUUGAUCAGAAGCUUGAGCAAGCCGAGCAGAAUGUCGAGGAAGUACCCGCUGAGCAGUCGGCUCCCAAGACCAAUGGCGCCGAGGCUCAGGAGGCCCCAGUUGAGGCUGCUCCCGAGGCUGUUGAGCCCGCCGCUGCUGCUGAAGCGCCCAAGGUUGAGGAACCCGCGACCCCCGAGCCCACUCCUGCUCCCGAGCCGAAGGAGGCCCCUGCCCCCGCUAAGGAGAGCGCCCCCGCGGCCAAGGCUCUUCCCAAGACUUGGGCCAACAUCGCAUCCAAGUCCGGCGCCACCGUGCCCGUGGUUCCCGCCAUUCCUGUCGCUCCAGUAAAACCUGCUGCUGCCCCUGCUGCUGCUUCUGCCAACUCGUCCCAAGCCGCAGCUCCCGUUCCCGCCGCAGCUCCCGCUCCCGCUCCUGCUGCUGAGUCCGCUCCCAGCCAACCCUCCUCUAACGAUGGAGCCGGUUGGCAAACCGCUGGUCACGAUCACAAGAAGUCCCAGUCUCGCGCGGCUGAUGAGCAGAAUGUUCUUGCUUACAUCAAGAAUGUCACGGAGAAGGUCGAUGCCAGUUUGCUCAAGCAGACUCUAUCUCGCUUUGGGAAGCUCAAGCACUUCGAUGUGAGCCGCCAAAAGAACUGCGCCUUUGUUGAAUUCGGCGAUGCUGCCGGCUACAACGCCGCUGUUGCUGCCAAUCCCCACCAGAUCGGAACCGAGCAGAUUUACGUUGAGGAGCGCCGUGCUCGCACUAAUGCCUACGGUGGUAACGGUAGCUAUGCUGGCCGUGGUGGCGCUGGCCGUGGUCGUGGAGACCGUGUCGGCAGCCAGGGUCGCGGCGGCUUCCAGCGUGAUGGGCGCGGAGGCUUUGCUCCUCGCGGCCGUGGCGGCAAUGUCAAUGCCAAGGGUCGCAACCAAACCCAGACUGCUUAAAGCCACAGCAACGUACUGACGAACAAAGAAACCGAGAAAAAAAUAUGAAUUCUUCUUCAAAAUCUCAACAACACCACGAACCCAGGUUUCUUGCCUGAGGAAUGACGGAAAGUAUUUCAGUGAGGUCAAAGCUGUCUAUGGCCUUCUCUUUCUCUUCUGUAUCUCUUUAUCUGGUCAUCAACGAUUUUCUCUAGCCCUUCCAUCCUGGUUUCGGACCAUCCUAUGUUUUUAGA